AUGUCAGCAGAGGAGAUGUCAGCAAAAUCGAAGGUAUCGUAUCGUGAAGGCGCAUUACCCAAUAAUUUACUCUCUCUUGGUCCAGGCACGAGUCCCCUGCCAGCCUGCACUCAAGGCUGCGGCACCCUCGGGUCGCUCAAAGUCCCCCCGAAAAGGGCGAUCAACUUGAACGGGCUGCCCCACGUCGUGCACCAGCUCAUGGUCCCCACCAGGCUGCUUUUCCGGGCGUCCACGCACUUGCUGUCGGCCAGGAAGACCUGCAGAAGGGGCUGGGAGGCGCUGGUCGAGCGCAUGGGGCAGCGCAUGGAGCAGUGGCGGGGUGACCCCUACCGGCGAGAAUCCAACGCCAUCUCGGUCCACUGCGACGGUGUGGGUCACCUGCUGAGCGCCCUGCUUCUCACCGUCUACCUGUGCGCCAAGCUUGCGGCAGAGGGGAGCUGGGGCCUGACCUUGCUGGGAAGCACGCACGUGGCGCUGGCGGCGGGCCUGGCAGCCAUGUGCUGCCGCCGCCAGCGAGCCUACGUGGCACGCCGCGAGCUGCUGGCCUCCGGCGCGGCGCUGCACCUCGCUUUCCUCGUCCGAGCCUUCUCGACGUACGGGCCGCUCAACAUGUUUGAGCGCCACGGCGGCAGCCCCUCCCGCCUGCUGGGACUGUUCCUGCUGUCCAGCCACACAGUGUGGAUGAGCCUGUACAUCCUGUGGGGCCGCCUGCAGCUGGUCUCCACCUGCCUGGUGCUGCCGGGCCUCAUCCUGCUGCCGCUGCUUGUGGGUAGGAGCCCCUGCUGCCGGCUGCUGGCGGCGGCGGGCGUAGAGGCGCCGCUGGCAGACCUAUACGGCACGCUCAGCAUCGUACACUCCGCCGCAGUGAGCCCCACCAUCCGGGCUGCUGCCAGCAUACCGCCGGACCCUGCGCAGCAGUGCCGGGCACUAGACUCCUGGCUGGGCGCGACCCUCGGCUUCAUCGCCCCGCUGCUGCUGGCGCCAGAGGAGGAGGAGAAGAAGAAGAUCCAGGCGUUCGAGGAGUCGCUCAAGCAGAGCGGGCUGGACAAGGAGCGAGCGCAGAAGGUGCUCCAGGCGUGGCAGGAGACGGUGGGCAGCGCAGGCGGGGAGCUCACACCGGAGGAGCUGCGCAAGGUCAUGGUCAAGCAGGGCGCCAAGUUCUCGGGGCUGGCGCUCAUCCAGGUGUUCCUGGACGUGGGGGCCGCCUACGGCGCCUUUGUGGGGGGCAACUUCCUGGGGGAGGCGGUUCCGCAGUACGGCUUUGGCGCGGUGGCGCUCCAGGCGAUCGCCUACUUCCUGUCUGGAUACUACUUCAUCGGAGCCUUCCUGGACCUCAUCAGGCUGGGUAUGGUGCUCACUGCCAUCCAGCAGUUCAACGUGAACAGCGCCGCCUUCCUCACAGCGGUCAAGGACCUGGCAGGGCCCAGCCCCACCGGCCUGGCUACCCUGGACAAGGCCGCCGACGCCAUAAACACAGCCAAGGUUCUGGGCGCGCUCAACAAGAUGGCGGGCCUGAUCAAGGAGCAGCAGCAGGGCGGCGGCGCCAGCUCCGAUGCCAUGCUCAAAGACCUGGCCGCCUACCUGACCCUGGAGAAGGCGCAGCGGUUGUAUGGCUUCGAGGCCUCCAAGUACGGCAUCACUGAUUCCCAGGCCGCCGACAUCGCCACCGUCUUCUCAGCCUUUGACGCCGACGACAACGGCGUGCUGUCGCUGGAUGAGUUCCAGCGCCUGUGCGCUCGCUACACGGAGCUGAGCGGGGACGAAGUGAAGGCCGCUCUGGCGAUUCUGGACACGAAUAAAGAUGGAAGCAUCCAGCUGGGAGAGUUUGUGGAAUGGUGGGUGGGCGCGCAGCCGCCACCGAAGGCGUAG